AUGUUGAGAUCCAGAGUUGCCUUGAGGACUUUGCACACGUCCGUGAGAAGACUUGCUAAAAACGACCCUUCAACCAUCGACUCGUACAGAUUGCCUUCGCAGACGUCUAUCAACGAGUGGGAGUUCAAGUAUGACUUUAUCCCCAAAGUUGCUCAGCCAAAGAUCCCUCCCGUGUCGCCCGAGGCCGUGAAGCAGGACAUUGCUCAGACCAAGAAACAACAGGUAGAGCAUGAGUUGUUCGCCAAGGAGCUGAACUCUUCGAUAAAGGUGGAGGCCAAUGAUGCUGCUGUGGUGCAUGGCGGUGAAUCCGUUUCUACUGAGCCAGUCAACCUUCGUGACUCGGGUUCAAACCCAGUGGAUAUCAGCAAUAAAGAUGCUAGUGGUACGAAGCCGAAAAAGACUGCCAACACAGAGAAAUACGUGCAGAGCUCGACAAACCCUGACAUCAACAAGCCGGACGUUGUGAACUUGGGCGACAGCCAAGUCGACCACAAGGUGAGCCCCGUGAAGAACCAGGAAAGGGUGGAGGACGAUAUCGAGCACGGCCAAUCCAAGCCUGGGUCUGACUCGACCGUCAAUCCUACAACUCUCCUUGCUGUAUUGGGCUUGGGUGGUGUUGCCGGCUACUUCGCCUUCGGCCUGGGCCCCAAGAAGGAGACCAAGAAAUAA